AUGGGCUAUCACGUCGAGUUAGCGCAACGUAGGGCUUUAAAGUGGGAACCAAGUUCAAUACCUGCCAAUGCCGAAUUUGCUUGUAAUGACGCAGGUACUUCAACACUUUCAAAAUUUAAAGUUGAAGAUUCGUUAUUGCGAAUACCGGAUUACCAUAACAACCUACACUCAAGAGCGUGGAGUGUUCAUCCGCGACCAAUAGGAAAACGGACACUUGUUCUUUACGAUCAGCGAAGCACACAUGAAACUUCUGAUUUUGGAGGGGAGGAGAAGAAGCAGCAGCCAGGGACUUCAGUAUCUUUCGGAAGGAAAAGCGUGGGAACGACAUUAAAUUUCUUACAUCCUUCUCACACUGGUGGGGCUUCCACAUCAGAUGGAGCUUUACAAUUUACAGAAUUAGGACAACCAAAUGAAAGUGACGACACUGAAACAUCAGAUAAUUCGGAGCGACAUAGUAUUCUUCGACAAGGUAAUACGUGGUUUGAUGAAGCUAGAAAACAGGGACUAGUUCUGAAACCUAACAAGGGAUCAUCCGAUAACAUUUCAAAUUUACGUCAGACUGCUGGAAGUACUAAACGCGUUUGGACAGCAUAUAGAAGGCCUCCAUCUUGGACACGAGGAUUGAAUACGGGGAAGAAAGUAGAAAAACAAAAACAAGUUGGAACUCGUAUGAAAGUAUCUGAUAUGUUGGUGAAACUCCAAAAACUCGGUGUGCUCGCUUGGCGAUAAUCUACAAUGAUUUGUCGUUAUCCCUAAAACAUCUGCUGUAUGGAAAUAUGUUCGUUCAGUGAUACUGUGAAAACCUUUAAAGGACAUAAAGGUUAUAAAACAUUCCAAUAGCCACUAACAUUGACGAAGUUUAUGGGAUAUGUAGCCGGGGAACAAUUCAAUAGUACAGUGUAGAUAAAAGUAUAUGAUUGCCAUGAAAAUUGUGGGUUUAAUACAAAUAACAUUCAGGCCUUACCUUGUUUUUACAUUUCACCAAAAUGCCAAUAUAGAUCAAACUGACUAUCGUGUCGAUAAAUGUACUGCUAAGCAUGGACUUAUAUAACUCCAUGUGCUAAGUAAGUAAAUAAUUAUAGUUGAUCUCAAUUUUUACAUUUUUAGACGCCCUAUAUCUGGAUUUAGUAAUUAUCUAUGAAAUAAUAAUAUGAAGAACUGAUAUUUUUUUACGAUUCUAAAAUUAGUGCUAGUAUGAUUUGGUAUGACGCCCUCAUGCCGAAAUAGAGUUAAGAUGUAUAUUUUGGGUAUCAAUUGUAGGCAUAUGAUUGUUACUUGACAUACGAAUGUAUGCUUAUUAUACCUAGGCCUAUAGCAUAAUAGUAUAAUACUGUACUGUCAAUAUUUUUUACAGAAUAUUUGUAACCUUUUAAUCUCAUAAACCAGUUGAAAUUAUUUGGAAAUAUUGUUUCGCAUUUGCGUUCGGCGUUUGAAUAGUGAACUUAAGUUAAGUACAUUAAAAAAAUAGUCUGCAAGGUAUAGGCUAGUGUAUUUAUUACCAGACACCAAUAUCGUAGAGAUUUAGCCUAUUACCUGAAUUGAAGACUUUUCGGCGGACGGCGUAAACGUUAACUUAAGACCAUUUCGAUUGCUCCACCUAUUUUGUGAAAUUUGCAAAUGCACAUGCAUAAUUUAUUUUUAAAACGACAACGUCAGAUUUUGAAAAUACUUUACUUCUUAAACAAUAAUUUGCGGAGAUCUUCCGCUGAAAAGUCUUCAAUUUGACAAACGUAAGCGUGUCUAUGCGCCAUCAACGUGGCUUUAAUGCAUGUAUGCUCGAUCAAUAUGUUAUGACAUUUUUGAAUAAGUUUUCACGUACUAUAUAUCCGAAAAUAACGGGGAAAAAAACAUUUUUAAUUAUAGUCGCCUGACGCUCAUAAUGUACUUAAUCAGUAAGGACUAGGCCUACUGGUGAAAUUGCAGUGAUGAUAAGUGAAAAAUAAAUAAACUUACUGAAUAGUUA